AUGCCAGACCCCCAACUUGCCCACCUCCUCUCCGACCUCGUCUCCCUCCGCCUGACUGACCCCGCCGCCGCCCUGGCCCUCGUGUCCGCGCGCCCGACUUCUUCCACCGCCGCCGCCCAUCCCCCAAAUACCACCUCCACCGACGCGAAUGAUGCAAACGAAGACACCGACAUCGCCCGCGCCAAAGAACUCGUCGCCCUGCAUUACGCCGUCAAGGAGGCGCAUCGGCGGGGAGAGCUGGCUGCGGGGCUGGCCGAGGCGCGGGCGAGCGUGGAGCGCGCUGUUGGGGGGAUAGGGUCGUGA